AGGGAGAGAAAAUUAGAAAAAGAGAACAAGAGAAAUGAGGAAAGAAAGUAAAAUAAGGGAGGGGGCGAGAGAGAGAGAUUUUUCAUUUUUCUAACAAAGAGAAGGAUUACUACCUGUCUGACCAUUUCAGUUAGUGGGUUUUCUGGUUUUCGACCACUGACUUUGUUUCUUGGUCUAAUUGCUCUCAUCAGGACCAGCUGAGCUCUUUAUCAUAGUCGGAUCUUCUUGCCUUUUGAUCCAGCUGAAUUAAUGGUAAUUUGGGGAACAGGACGAAAAAGCGAAAGCGGAGACUAAUAUUUGUUUGUUUUUGGCUCUUUGCACGCUUCCCUCUGGCCCUUGUUUUAAGUUGAAGAGCAUUGAAGACAGAAGCUUAAGGGGUGUGUUUCCUGAUCUUUGGUUUGAGUUGUCUUCUUUUGCAUCUGUGCUUCUAAUUUUAAGAUAAAAUUUGUUUCUUUUAUCACUCUCACUUGGGUUUUAGAGAAGGAAGGGAAAGAUAUCGUCUUUGGGAAAGUUGAAAACCGAGAGGGUUUCCUGCUUUUGUGGGUUGAUUGAGAUUUCAGGUUUCUGUUUGAUCUUGGAUUUGGUAUGGAGUUUUGUAUCUGGAAUUUUCCUUUAAUAGUUGGCUUGAUUGGUCUUUCCAGAUGAGAAGGGGAAGCUGGCCCCCGUAUCUGGAAAAACUGAAGAAUAGGGAAAGAACACCAAUAUUCAGAUGGAAAAGUGGAGAUGAGAAUUUUAGGUGGAUUAGAAGACUUAGUCCACUGGUAACACUGAUUUGAGAUGGUUCAUGAAUCUCGGUUUUUAUUUUUCUCACUGAUAACAGGAAUUUUCGGUAUUGUUGAUUGGGUGUUUCCUGCUUUGAAGGAGCUUUAGGAAACGACUCACCUAGCAAAUUUCUGGGCUCAAGAGGUGCUGGUUGUUUAUUUACUCAAUUAUGAUCAAACAGAUACUUGGUAGGCUCCCUCGGAAGCCAUCUAAGUCAGCUGAAAAUCGUGAAUUAGGUGGAUCAUCUGGCCCUUCUUCAAAUUCUUCUGCCAGUUCAAGAAGCAAUGAUCUAGUACAUAACCGGUCUGUGAACCCAAGCAAUGCAUCCCUUCCAGCCCCUGAUUGUGCUUCAAAUUCUGGGGUCAUUCAUGGGAAUAAGCUUUCACAAGUUGUAAACUCAAAGCUGAAUGGAAAUUCUACAACUUCUUCCUAUGAGGCAUUGCCUAGUUUUAGGGAUGUCCCCAACUCUGAGAAGCAGAACUUGUUUAUCAGAAAGCUGAACUUAUGUUGUGUUGUGUUUGACUUCACUGACCCAACAAAGAACCUGAAAGAAAAGGAAAUCAAGCGGCAGACACUGCUAGAGCUCGUGGAUUAUGUUACUACUGCAAACGGGAAGUUUACAGAGACAGUCAUGCAAGAAAUAAUAAAAAUGGUAUCAGCUAAUUUAUUUAGAGCAUUCACAUCCCCUUCGCAUGAGAGCAAGGUUCUAGAAGCUUUUGAUUUGGAAGAGGAGGAACCUUUAAUGGACCCUGCAUGGUCACACCUGCAAGUUGUGUAUGAGUUCCUUCUGAGGUUUGUUGCAUCACCUGAGACAGAUGCAAAGUUAGCCAAGAGGUACAUUGAUCACUCAUUUGUUCUCAGGUUGCUAGAUCUCUUUGACUCUGAGGAUCCUAGAGAGAGGGAGUAUUUGAAAACAAUUCUUCACCGCAUAUAUGGAAAAUUUAUGGUACACCGCCCAUUCAUCCGGAAAGCUAUCAAUAACAUCUUCUACCGUUUUAUUUUUGAAACAGAAAAGCAUAAUGGGGUUGCAGAGUUGUUAGAGAUUUUGGGCAGUAUAAUCAACGGGUUUGCUCUACCGCUGAAGGAAGAACACAAACUAUUUCUCGUUCGAGUCCUGAUUCCUCUUCACAAACCAAAAUGCAUACCCAUGUACCAUCAGCAGCUGUCUUACUGCAUUACACAAUUUGUAGAAAAAGACUGUAAGCUUGCCGAUACUGUUAUAAGGGGUCUAUUGAAGUAUUGGCCAAUCACUAAUAGUUCAAAAGAGGUCAUGUUCUUAGGUGAGAUGGAGGAGGUUUUGGAAGCGACCCAGCCUCCAGAGUUCCAGCGCUGUAUGGUCCCAUUGUUUCGCCAGAUUGCUCGUUGUUUGAGCAGUUCACACUUUCAGGUGGCAGAAAGGGCUUUGUUCUUAUGGAACAAUGAUCACAUAGAGAACUUAAUCAAACAAAACUGCAAAGUUAUACUGCCCAUCAUCUUCCCUGCCUUGGAGAAAAAUGCAAGAAGCCAUUGGAAUCAAGCAGUUCAGAGCUUGACACUGAAUGUACGCAAGAUCUUCUCUGAUCUUGAUCCUGAGCUAUUUGAGGAGUGCUUGGUCAAGUUUCAGGAGGACGAAGCAAAAGAGAAGGAGAUUAAAGCAAAACAUGAGGCAACCUGGAAGCGCUUAGAAGAGAUUGCUGCAUCAAAAGCUGCAAGUAACGAAGCCGUUCUUGUUCCUCGAGUAUUACCCCCCCAUACAUCUGUGGGCUAGAGGGAUUAAAGAGAUCUGUUGGUAGUUCCUUUCAACAGUCUCAUUUUUCCCAUGGUUGUCAUGAACCGGGUAACAAGCUUUAGGAGGUGGAAUGCUGUUAUUCAUUCUCUUAGUUCUUCACCCCAAGCUACUUCUGAUUGUUUUGGGUUGUCAGGUCCCAGAAGGUCAACACCAACACUGUACAGGGAACAAGACUGUAUAUACGGGGAACAAAGCAUAUGGGGUUUACAGGCAACUGCACUUCACAGCUGUAGAGGAAGAUGUUCAGUAGUUCUAGCUUUUUUUAGUUAACGUUCUAAAGGGUCACAUAAAGGAGCUACAGCUCAGAGGUAUCUAUCUACCUUGUCACCAUAUACUUCUUUUGAUUUUAUUGGUUCCUAGUUCCUGAAUGUUAAUUAAACUACUCGAUCAUCAUUUAUUUAUAUGUAUGCCUUUGCUUUAUUUUUA